ACCUACCGCGAAUGUUCGCGCAGGCUCGUACAUUAGUGUGUUUGUAGAAACGUUUAUAAAAAAUUUUCUGUUUCGUUAUUUGCCCGUGUCCGCUGCGAAAUCGUUCAAUCUUUAUUGUCGGCGCGUCAAAUUUAUAUAUACAUACAUGUGUAAUAUAUAUAUAUAUAUGUGUGUGUAUAUAUAUCAAUGAAAUACACAUGAUAAUAUAUAAAAAAUAAAUAUCAGUUAUUUUUAUUAAUUAUUAUUAGAGAGUUGUUAUUUUCUUCUUUCUGAUUAUGCCGUGUCUGCUGUGAGAUCGCGUCUUUCCGGGUGCUCGUAACCGCUCAGUCCAGUCGCGUACACUUGGCCAGAAGAUCCAAAACGUACACCGAGUGCAGUGAACUUGAUCGAUUACGUCAGCGCUUGUCGUUAGCCUACUACCAGGGCUGUUAGAAAUUAUUCAAAAUUCCGGUCCCGACGAAGAAUUGCGCCUUUCCCGGCCGAAACGACGACGGCAGGAUGAACACGAAGAGAAAAAGUCGCGCCAACACCAACAGCACCGGAUCGAGAGCUCCUCGGACUAGAGCUUCAUCUUCAGGUGGAAAUGGAAUGAAUGCCCAAGUAUCUGGUGCUGAUGGAAUAUAUUUAAAUGAAACAUUUAUGCAUCGUGUCACUAGUUUAAUUGGAUUGGAAGUAGAAAUAGUAACUCAUUCUAAAGAAAUGUACUCGGGUAUAUUGCGUACAUUUUCGAGUAAUUUUGAUGUUGUAUUAGAAUUACCGCAUAGGACUGAUCCUCCUCCAUCAAGUCAAGCUGUAGGCUUAAAGAUUGUAGCUGAUAAAAUGAUAUUUAAAUUUGAUAGUAUAGUUAAAAUUGCUGCAUAUGAAACAGAUUUAGAUAGUAUGACUCGAAAUACAUUCCAAACCGAUACAACAAUUAGUAAAUAUAAUGGCCAACCAUUAGGUGAAAAAGUAUUAGAAAUGUGGGAACCACCAUCUAUGAAUGGUGAUAUGGAGGACUUUGAUUUAGGUUCAGGAAAUAAUAAUGCUAAUGGUUGGGAUGCAGAUGAUAUGUUUAGACGAAAUGAACAAGAACAUGGUGUUACAUCUACUUUUGAUCAAAAUUUAAGUGGUUAUACUACAGAAAUAAGAACAGACUUAUCAAAUUUCAAAAACGAAGAAGCAAAAGCUGCACGUUUAGCACGUGAAAUUGAAAGUAAUCCGAGUUCUCAAAAUCGAGCCAAUUUAGAAAAUGGUGAUGAAGAAGAAAGGUUUGCUGCUGUUUCACGACCUAACAAUGAAAUAUCCAAUAGUCAUGAUAGUAAAUAUAUGUCUGGUCGUCGUAAACCAGGGCCACAGCAGCCUACCAAUAGUGCAUAUGGUUUGUUUAAUAGAAACCGUAAACACCCAGAUAAAUAUCCUAGCAGUGGAUCUAAUGAGCGAUGGGAAUGUGUUUCUGGUUCAGGGACCAAAAAUAGUAACCAAAAUCGAGGACAUGCUCAUCAGCAAAAUGGUAGCAGCAAUGUUGUGAACAAAUCUACAUUGCCUUCUUAUCACAACAAUACUAAUCAAACAUAUGCAGCUAAUCGUGAACCUUCAGUUUCUGUUAAUGGUCAAAGUGAUAAACGUUCAUCAGCUUCUAUAAAUAGUCGAAGAGAAACAUCUUCAUCUGGCCCAAGACAUGUAUCUGGUCGAAACAAUUAUUCUUCUAAUGACAAUCAAUCAUUACCAUCUUCAUCACGGGCAUCUCCGCCAACAGUUCAAGGUCAUCACAAUCAAAUAUCAAGUGUUCCUCCUAGGUAUCAAACAGCUACUUAUUCUCAGCAAACAAAUACAACUAAUUCUCGUCCAAAUGUUAGUACAUCUUAUGCUGCAGCUGCUGAUAAAUCUGUGCCAAAAACACAACAACCUCCGACUUCCGUUAGAGUUAGAGAUGAUAAUCUGAAUUCUGAACUGAAGCGUUUUAGUGCAGAUUUUAAUUUAACUUCAGCAUCACCUCAAAAUGAUCUGAGAGUUACUUCACCUGCAUUAGUUGUGCCUGAAACAACACCUAAACAACAUCCUGCUCAAAUAACACAUUCUGAGCCACCUUGUCCAACUGUUCAGGAAGUAUCACAAGUACCCGAAGAAACGACUGAAUCUCCUGCUUCUCCUCCUCAAACAUUGUACCAACUUCAAGAAGGACAAACUGAAAAAAUUGUAGAAAACAUUAAAAAAGAUCAAAUUGAAAAAUCUGUAGAAGAAAAUGCAACUCAAUUGCCAGAUAAAACCGUUGUUCAGACAUCUAAGCUCAAUCCUAAUGCCAAAGAAUUUGUUUUUAAUCCAAAUACAAAACCUUUUAUUCCACGGUCGCCUAGUACUCCAAAUUCAUCUAGACCUAUGACUCCCCAAACGCCGACAACUAAUAUAGUUGCUUCUUCAGGACAGCACCAACAAAUGAUUCAAGCUCAACAUGGACCAGCAAUUGCUAUUCCUGCUGCUUAUCAUCAUCAUCAUCACCAACAUGCUCCAGGAACUGGGCCAAUGGUAACACAUCAAGCACCACCCCAUCCCCAUCCUGCAUUCACUAUGUUACCUACUGUAUUUGUUACUUCAAAUUCUGCAUUCAAUCAUCAUCCUCACUCAAUGCCUCCACAACCGCCAAAUCAAACAGGACGUUUUCGUAAAAUGACAGUUGGAAUGUCACAUAGAAGCGACUUAGCUUCACAAAUACAAGUAGCUGCAGCAACUGGACAACCCCUUUUGGCACCAGCACCACUUCAAGCACAAUUUACUGUACCUGGUUAUAGUCCACAACCUAUGCCUACUCCUCAAGCUUAUCAACAAGUUCAGAUGGUCCGUAUGGUCCCACAACAAGGAGGAGGUAUGAUGCCUACUUUAGUGCCGACAUCAAUUAGCUACCAUCCGGCCAAUGCAAGUCAGUUAAGUCAAAUGGAAAGUGGUGUGCCUCAAGGACCACAGUCAUAUCAUCACCACCACCAUCAUCAAGCAUCACAACAUCAUAUAAUGAAUCAGCAACAGACUGCUCAGUCUCCAGCACCCCAACCUGGACCUCCACAAACACCUGGACAGUCCCAAACUCCAGUUAAUUUCCAACAACCUCCACCUCAACAAUCGCAACCACCUCCUUUCCCAGCAGGUACUACUAUUAUGUGCCCUAUUUUACCAACACCUACAGCAUCGCAACAGCCACCAGCACCGAAUACACCUGGUUCGGCACCUCCAAUGCAAUUACCUCCACCACAACAGCAUCCCCAACAAUAUAUUUCCCACCCACAUCCCCAUCAUCAAACAACAUCUGCGCCAGCGCAUCAAGGGCAAUACCAAAUAUAUUCGACCAUUCGGGAGUCAUGAGAUAUAGCCAACUCAUUUGAUCCUAGUCCACAUUUAGUAAAAGCAAUAAAAAAUUUCUCGGCGUUUUUCAAGUCAUACAAAAUAUUUGUUCGUUCAACUGAAAAAUCUUGAUUGUCAGCUAUUUUAAGCUCAAAAUCUACCAUCAUGAACACUAUGAUAUAAUUAAACUUGCUUUAGAUAAUGUUGUUCA